CUUUCAUCAGUUAUUAAUGCUAAUAUGGGUGAUGUUGAUUUUACUUGCAACUACACCGUGCUAUGGUGUUAAAAUUAACGUUAAAGUAGUAGAGUCUCACUCACAAAUUGGUCAAGGACAACUCGGGAACUUUAGAGGUGGAGCCAGCAAAUUGACAGCGUCACGUGACCCAGCGGCUCUGUGUGCACAUCCUGCCCUUUCUCAGAUCCUGGGGAAGUGUUAUGAUAUUGAGGUAGCUGAGUACAAGUAUGCAGUGUGUCCUUUUCACAAUAUAACCCAACAUGAAGUAGCUCUGAAGUGGAACGCUUACCACGGCAUCUUAGGUAUUUGGUCACACUGGAGCUACGACUCUCUCUACUCCACCCUAACCCACGGUCACUACACGGACGGUGACACGUGCACAAAAGACACCAAGACAAUCCCGCGCAUCGCGCUUCUUCACCACACGUGCGGGAAACAAACACGUGUAACCAGCGUGACGGAACCAGAUACUUGUCACUAUAACAUAACGUUACAAUCUCCUCUGUUUUGUCACGAUGUGUUCAGUGAUGUGUACAGUGCUUUACCGGAGGGUGAGCAGGGGGAUUUUGCUAGAUCUACUCAGGAGUUUCAACAUAAUUUGUUAACUGAGGAGGGGUUAAGAGUGGAGAGAAGGGAGAUACUGGAGAGAGUUGGGUGUUUGACUAUGAGAAAGGAAUUUAAAGAUCUCGAGGAAUGUGGGAAUGAAUACCAUGAUUUGAAUAAAAAGCAUAAGGAGUUGAGUGAAAGUUGUGAUAAAAAUGAUGAUGAAGAAAAGUAUAAAGAACUGCAAAGUAGAUACGAGGAUUUGAUGAGGGUAUUGAGCGAGAAUGGAUUAGUAUUUCCAGAUGAAGUAUGAUUUAUUAAUGAUCAUGAUUGCUUUUUAUUGAUUACUUUAAACUUUGGGUUUACGAUAUAAAGACAGAUUUUUGUGGAUGAUUUUUAUUUUGUUUGUUUGAUUGUUUAUUAGCUUAAUUUAUUGAUUUUCUGUUAACAACUUCUAGUUUAACUUGAGUGUUCAUAAACAUACAACUGAUGUAUCUAAUACCCUUUGUUAGAUCUUGACUACCUCAAAAUCAGUUCUAUCAGUCCAAAAUAUCCGUCGAUGAUAAUUACAAUUUUACAUUAUAUGAUACAUCUAAAAAGGCCAACAAAUGUACCUCAUAUUCAAG